ACGUCAUCGGGGCGUGGACCUUUAAAUCUUACAUCACCACCGCUUAUUGGUUCACAUCAUCACAUGGCCGCUGGACAGCCAAUCACAACCUCUGGUGUUGACGGGUCACCGCUCUUUCUCUUUCCAGCAGGAAGAAUCGAUGCGUCGACUUGAGCACAAUCAGAAAAACCGACGGAAAUAUUCCCAUGAAACAGCGCGUGCCAGCUUCAGCCGCACUACCAGGACCGUUAACGGACUUCCGGUCUCCAUGUUGGUUCUCGUAACGGCCUGAGAGCGACGGGGGAGAGGCGAACCGGAGAGAGGACGUCGGUGCCGGUAACCGUGUGAGGUUUUUCUUGUAUGGGUGACUGAGCGGCGGCCAUGAGCGGCGAGCCGGACGCCCUGGCCGUGGUCAACCAGCUGAGGGACCUGGCCGCGGACCCCAUGAACCGCAGGGCCAUCGUCCAGGACCAGGGCUGCCUACCAGGGCUCAUCCUGUUUCUGGACCACUCCAACCCUCAGGUGGUCUACUCCGCCCUCCUGGCGAUCCGAUACCUGGCGGAAUGUCGACCCAACAGGGAGAAGCUGCGGGAGGAGCUGGGAAUGAUGCUGAGCCUCCAGAACGUCGUCCAGAAGUCCACGACUCCCGGAGAGACUAAGCUGCUGGCAUCGGAAAUCUACGAGUUGCUGCAGGCGGCGAGCGGCGCCGACCCGGAGCCGGCCGAGGAGGCCGUCAGCGGCCGCCGGAAGGCCCACUUCUUCCUGGGUUCUAGCAACAAGCGGGCCAAGACCGUCAUCCUCUACAUCGAUGGGCUGGACGACCCGAACCGGAGGAGUCUGUGUGAGGAGGCGCUGCUGAAGAUCAGAGGAGUCAUAAGCUUCACCUUCCAGAUGGCCGUGAAGAGGUGCAUCGUCCGGAUCCGUUCGGACCUGCAGGCCGAGGUUCUGGGAUCCGCCAUCGCCGCCACGCAGGUGAUGAAGGCCCAGCAGGUGGUGAGAGCCGAGAACGGCGACGAGGUUCUGAUCCCGUUUGCUGAGGACGGUUCUGUAGUGGUGGAGCAGAAUGUGGACCUGCCAGACUACCUGCCGGAGGAUGAGAGUCCAUCUGAGGAACCCGACAAGGCGGUGAGCCGGGUCGGAUCGAGUCAGGACGGGGCCGGCUGGCUUGGAGCUGCUGCCAACUUCCUGUCCCGAUCCUUCUACUGGUGACCCUGUAAGACCGCCCACCCUCCUGCACUGCACCGCUCAGAACCAGAACCAGAACAACCUACCAGCUGCCAAACAUUCCGUCUGAUCCGGAGCAGAACGUCAUCAGAGACCCACCAUGAGGCUCUUCUCCGCAUCUGACACAAAAACCAUGUUGUCUUAACAAGCGGGACGAAUCCUGCUGAGACCCGAACCGGGUCAGAACCCAGAACCCAAACAGGAAGCACCAAUUUUCCUGCUUUUAACUUUUUAUUAUUUAUUCCAACUGGCCAACGUGUCUCAGGACAAGCAGCUUCACGUCAGUCGGUUAAGAUCCACAGACCAGUUCUGACCCGGCUCAGAACUGAUCCACAGACCAGUUCUGACCCGGCUCAGAACUGAUCCACAGACCAGUUCUGACCCGACUCAGACAGCAGACGGAGUUGGUUCUGAUCCGUAGACACCAGAACCGUUUCAGAUCAGAAUCCAAACCCAGGUUCUGCUGGUUUUCAUGUUACAGAACCAUGAGUCCAGUUAGUUCUGACCCGGCUGGUUGGCGCUGUUCUUCACCAAACAAGCAAAGAGAUCCGACCCGGAGUCUCCACUGUGUUUCUGAUGGGUCGGAGGUGUAGAACCUUCCAGAACCUCUUGUUUACAUGGACCCUGACUGAAUGCCUUGAAACUGAACUUUGCUUUGAAUGUGUGGAUCAGAACCAGAACCAGUGUUGUGUUUGAUGGUGUCAGUGUUACCCAUUUCCCACUAGAAGCUCGACCCAAAACAGGAAACGUUCAGAACUUCAGAUCUCAGAGGAACAAACGCUUCUGACCAAACCGAAGCUUUGAAUAUGCCAGAAGAAUGAAGAAUGAACAGAACUUUCCAGCAUGUUGCAGGCCCGGCCCCGCCCACCAAACCGUCUGUCCAAUCAGAUUCCUGAUCACCUGUCUGUUUCAGCAUCAUGUGUCCUCCUUCAUCACUCACUGUGGUUCCAUCAAAGCUUUUUUUCCCUGCACGAACUGAACAACACUGCAGUACCAGGUCUGCCCUGGGACCAGGUCGCACCCAAGACUGGGUCGGACCCAGUACCACGUUGGACCCAGGACUAGGUCUGACAUGUCAGUUACUCAGAUUGGACAUCGGGUUGGUGUUAUAAGCUUUCUGAUUAUGGUAUGUUAAUCUGGUGUCAUCGAUCUGCUCCUGUAAUAUCUCUCCUCAGGUUUUUUUCAGGUUUUUGACAUCUUGCUUACCCAUCAUCAUCAUCAUCAGUGCUGUUCUAAUGAUGGUUUCCUGAAGUUUAAAUAAAAUCUGUCCUGAA